GCACUUGCAGGGUUGUCAUCUUUAUGCACACGUAAAUAUUACUCCUCUUCUCGCGUAUAGGAUACCUACUAUGGCUCUUGCAUUAUUUUGUAUUAUUAUUUUUUUCUUUCUUUUUUUUAAAAAAGCACGACCGCUUUGUCUCAACCUGUAGAAUACGCGACGCGCUGGAGAGGCAAAAUGACGCCCAAAGACGGCGAUACUAUACGUGCCCAUUGGCGAUGCUUCGUGGCAUGCGGCCUUAUGGUCUUAUCACCAUUUCAAUAUGGCCUUGAUUUUGGAUUGAUAGGAGGCUUGCAGGCAAUGCCAGGCUUCCUCAAAAUCUACGGCCAUCCGGCUUCAAAUACAGCAAUCGGCUGGAACAUCUCAACGGUGAGGCAGCAACUGAUCACAUCACUUAUGACGCUGGGCGCGUUUGUCAGCUCUGGUACUGCAGGCUUGAUAGCCGCCAAACUUGGUCGGAAAACUUGUUUAUGGCUAGCUUGUCUUGGAUGUGUUGUUUCAAAUAUUAUAAUGAUGACCACAAUCGAUAUCAACGCUCUCUACGUUGGGCGGCUAUUGAACGGGUUGGCGAACGGCUAUUUUAUGACAUUUUCCCAGCUAUUCAUCCAAGAGAGCAGUCCCGCCAAGUAUCGUGGACUCUUCCUCACCGCGUUUCAAUUCUGUACCUCAUUCGGUACAUUAAUCGGCACAAUCGUGGACUGGGCAGCGGCGUCACGGCCUGAUCGAUCAGCUUACCUGAUCCCACUGGGACUUAUCUAUAUUGUUCCUCUGCUACUGACAAUUGGGUUGUUCUUUAUACCGGAGUCUCCCCGCUGGUUAAUCCUACAAGACCGAAUCGAAGACGGGCAUAAAUCCCUCCAAUGGCUAAGACCGACUGGAGCUCAGAUCAACAUUGAAGUCGCAGAAAUCAAGGCGGCGAUCGAUAAAGAACGUGAAAUGGGCAGCCAAGUUGGCGUUUUGGAUAUGUUCAAGAAUCCCAUAGAUAGGAGACGUACGAUCCUGGCUGUUUGCGGAGUCACUCUGCAGGCUGCCACAGGUUCAAUGUUUAUCAUAUCAUACAAGGCCUACUUCUUCACAAUGGCCAAAGUAGCAAACCCCUUCGCGAUGGGCUGCGUCCUCAGCGCAAUUGGCUUGUUAGCGAUCGUACUCAAUUCCUUGAUCGUGGUGCGCUAUGGUCGACGUCGCGUUCUUCUUAUGUAUGGUCUUGGAACUUGUGGCAUUUUGCAAUUGAUUGUCGCGGUUGUAUAUGACAAAAAUCCCGGCGCAACAGCAACUGGCCAAGUCCUUGUAGCCCUGUCAUGCCUCUACAUGAUGAGUUACAACGGCAUGGUUGCGACCUACGCGUGGUUGAGUGGUGGCGAACUUCCGUCGCAGCGGCUACGCAGCUACACGUUUGGGUUGGCAGCUGCUGUGGCAUUCUUUGCUGCUUGGCUUACAACAUUUACAGCUCCUUACUUCAUCAAUCCAGAUUCUCUAAACUGGGGUCCGCGAUACGGUUAUAUCUGGUUCCCGAGCUCAAUAGUAGCAGGUGUUUGGGUAUACUUCUUCCUGCCUGAGGUUCAAGGUCGCACAUUGGAGGAGAUAGACGAAAUGUUUGAGGAAAAACUGCCAGCUCGGAAAUUCAGGAGCUACAAAUGUGUUCGCCGACUUGCAACGGACGAGAAACCAGACAUCCAAAAUGAGGAGUAAAUCUAAGGUCAGAUAUGUUCCUCGUCAUGUAGAAAUAUAAGCGAUCAGCGGAAAUAUUUGCGCUAUAGAGUAGAGGUAGAAUAUGUCUUCCGAGUUAGCCAUGCAAUCCGUCUUACCCCUAGACGGAAGACACAAAUAUUCUAGACAGUCAUUCAUGAAUAUGAAAGAGCAACGUACCUAUCUUGAUUGUAGAAAUAUUUAGCCGGGGUACUACAAAAAGAAAAGGGGGGGGAG